AUGCGAGCAUCAAGAACUGGCGCUCGAAUGAUUCCCAUAAAACGCAAAGGAUUAGAUGAAAACCCGUCAAACGAGUCUUCAGAUCUGGGCAGUCACUCUCUGAUGCGUAUUGUUUCAUUGAGUUGCUGUCCCCGUGCACCACGAUUCCUGCCUCACGCGCAGCAGAAUGGUCGAUUAAAGUAA